CGUUUUUUCUAGCUCAUCAGUUUUGAACUCUCUUUGCACUUCGGCUCAUUGUAAAUUAUCUGGGAUGAACAGCGCUGGCACUCCUGGCGGAAUAGCCGGAGGUGGAGGAGGAGGAGGAGGUGGGGGAAGAUCAUGGCCUUCCACGACAUCUGUGUCAGCGUCAGGAAAGAGGAUACAGAAGGAGAUGGCCGAACUCAACUUGGACCCACCUCCCGACUGCUCUGCUGGCCCCAAAGGCGACAAUCUUUACCACUGGGUAGCCACAAUCAUGGGCCCUUCAGGUACUGCUCCUCCUCCUCUCUCUCUCUCUGUCUAUCCCGAGUGUGUGUCUAUGUGCCUGCAAAUCGAUUGGGUGUAUGUGUAUCUUUAUUUUUCCGGAUAG